CCAUAGAGGAAAAGAUGCUAGAACCACAGGAGAAUGGCUUGAUUGACCUACCAGAUUAUGAGCAUACAGAAGAUGAAACUUUUCCUCCAUUCCCACCUCCAGCCUCUCCAGAGAGAGAAGAUGGUGAAGGAGCCGAACCUGAAGAAGAGUUAGGGAGAGGAGCACCUGUUCCUGUACCUCCAAAGAGAACAGUUAAAAGGAAUAUACCCAAGCUGAAUGCUGAGAGAUUAAUUUCAGAGAGAGGGCUUCCAGCAUUAAGGCAUGUGUUUGAUAAGGCAAAAUUCAAAGGUAAAGGUCAUGAGGCUGAGGACUUGAAGACACUAAUCAGACACAUGGAGCACUGGGCACAUAGGCUAUUCCCUAAACUGCAAUUUGAAGAUUUUAUUGACAGAGUUGAAUAUCUGGGAAAUAAAAAGGAAGUUCAGACCUGUUUAAAACGAAUUCGACUUGAUCUCCCUAUUUUACAUGAAGAUUUUGUUAGCAAUAAUGAUGAAGUAGGGGAAAAUAAUGGCCAUGGUGUAACUGCUACCGAGUUAGAUCCCUUUCUGACAAACUCAUCUGAAAGUGCACAGUUUGCUUCUGAGUCGAGUAGAAGCCUAACAGAAGAACAACAACAAAGAAUUGAGAGAAAUAAACAACUGGCCUUGGAAAGAAGACAGGCAAAGCUACUGAGUAGUAAUAGUCAGUCCCUAGGAAAUGACUUGUUAAUGAACACACCCAGUACACAGACACCUGAAGAGCGUAGUACAGGUGAGGAGCAAAAGGAGGAAGAAUCAAAUGGAUUUAACAAAGACCUUAUAGACAAUCCACAUAAUGAUGCUGCUGCCAAUACUGUAAAUGAAGAGGAGGAAUUAAAAAUAGAGAAAAUGCAACUGGACCAGUCCUUUAAAAAUAUAUAAUAGUAAGUUAAGGGUUCAUCUAGAAAUGUUACUGAGGUUGGAUAG